UGGUGUCUUGACUCGAUGUAAUCUAUGCAGCAGAAUGGUUGAUGCUGAGCAUAUUCUAAACUAGGGUCUGGCUUGCUGUAUCCUUGUAACCAUCUGGAUAUCAAGUUUCCAAAGCAGUGAAAGGAAGCCCCAAUGCAGAGUACUGUUGUUGGCUCUAUUGCUGCAAAAUCAAAAUUCAGAACUAAAACUGUGAUCAUUUUAUAUGCAGCAAGUGGUAACCCAUUGAGCUAGAGAAGUUGUCAUCUAUUGAUGCAAAUGAGAUAAAGAGAAGAUAAACAUGGAUGAUCUUUGCAAUAAGUUGAUCUGUACUCGAAAUGAGAAUUUGUUUGACGUGGAAGACAUUGUCAUCAACAUUCUCUCAAGGCUUCCUGUUAAGUCCCUCAUGAUAUGCAAGUCUGUUUCUAAACAGUGGUGGAGGUUGAUUUCUAGCCCAAAUUUCAUGCGUUUGCAGCUAAUCCGGUCCCAAGAAAAUCCAAUUUAUGUUUUCUAUCCUUAUUCUUGUCGGUGUCACAGUGAACAUUUUCUGACCAAAAUUGAUGGAGAAACCACUGAAACUCUUCCAGGCUGCAAUAGACCUUACUUUAGAGGUAUGAUUUGUUCCUUUAAUGGUCUGAUUUGUUGCAUUAAUACUGAAGGCAUCCGUUAUAGAAGUAUUCGAACAAGUCUUCGCCUGGACAUACAUAUCUGCAACCCUGCUACUCGAGAAGUCCUGUUACUUCCACAAAGCCGUGGAUCAAAAGGGUCACCUAAGAUAGGUGUUGCUUUUUACCCUAGAACCAAUGAAUAUAAAGUAUUUCGGUUUUUCAACCCAGCAGGCAAAUCUCAUGAUAAGCAUAGUGAAUGUGAGGUAUAUUCAUCAAUCACUGGAUGCUGGAAAGGAAUAGGUUGUGUUGCACACAGUCCUCGGAGUUCGAACCAUAUAUGCAUUAACGGGACAGUAUAUUGGUUCAUCAGAUCAGUAAAAGAUGGAUUGAUUAUCGUCUCCAUCCUUGCAGUGGAUAUGGAGGAAAACUUUAGUGUAAUUGGCAUUCCAGAGGAAGCAACUCUACACACUUUCUUAGCUAGUUUUGAAGGUUGCUUAUCCCUAGUGGCUGAAAAUGUAUUUGACAAAAGCAGAUUUGAUAUGUGGAUUUUACAAGACAGUAAGAAGUCUACUUGGGUCAGGAAAUGCAGUGAUUACAUACCCACUUUAAAUAUUAAGCAAGUUAAACAUGUAGCUGUACAAAAGAAUGAAAUUCUAUUUGCAAGUUUGAAGCAGUACUUUUUCUAUAACAUGUGCAGCAGAACUUGGAGAGAAUUCAACUGGGUACAUGAUUUCAGAAAGAGGCUUUCUAUUCCAUUGGCAUACACAGAAAGCCUCCUUCCUUGCAAUGGACUCAUUGGUUCUUGAAUCAAGGACUUCUCCAGUACAAGGGCAACAAUCUCUGUCACUGCAAUGGUCUUUAUUGGCUUGUUUGCAUUUUCUUUCCAAAACUUGUGAACCGAUGUGUUGUUUCAUCAUAAUAAAAUUGUCACUGAAGUGAA